UAGAAAAAUGUCACAAGGCGGUGGUGAAUCCUAUUACGAAGCGUUUACUCCAAAAAUUAACGAUGUGGCGCAAAAGUAUAUUGACGAUUUGUUGGCGGAAAAAUCUAGAUUGCCUAAAGAAUUUACACUUUGUGCCCAAGUAAUUGACGAUGCCAUUGAUCGUAUUUAUGCCACCGGACGUAUACCCGGUAAAGAGUUGCAAGCUGAUGUCUACAAACAGCUGCCAAUAAAGGUGACACAAAAUGUCCAUAUACCCGUGAAACAAUUUCCCAAAUUUAAUUUUGUUGGCAAGCUAAUUGGCCCGAAGGGUCAUAGUCUUAAGAAAUUGAAUCAGGAAACCUUAUGUCACAUUGCCAUUAAGGGCCGUUCCAGCAUGCGUGACGAAGAAAAAGAAGAAGCACUGCGUCAAUCUGGUAAUCCGGCAUUUAAUCAUCUCAAUAGGAAUUUGUUUGUAGAAAUAAGCACUGUUGCACCGCCAGCCGAAGCAUAUGCUCGUAUAAGUUAUGCCUUGGCCGAGAUACGUAAAUAUAUUAUACCGGAUAAAAAUGAUGAAAUAUCUCAGGAACAAUAUCGUGAACUUAUGCAAAUGCAUCCUGAAUAUACUAGAAGCAAGGCAUCGGUUGCAUAUAGGUAAGUUAUU